AUGUUUCAAAAGGGGACGCCUGGAUCAAGGAUCUAUCGGGGUGUUAAGCCGCCAUCCAGAAUAAAGCGACUCAACUUGUCUGCUCUAUUAAGCUCAUCAACCAAACCAGAUGUGUCAGAUUACGCAGCCCUAGUCGUGCCUUUUCUUGGUGGACUGCGUCAACCUAAACGUCGUAUAAAAGACAAACGGCUACAGUAUUACGCGAUUCAGCCUUCCUCUUCUGGUGAGAUCGACCUACGAAUCUCUUCUUCGUGCACUCUCAUACUAAAUGAAAGUCCCCCAACAAUGUUAUCUCCAGAGAUUCAUGGAAACCCAAUUUAUCGUAUCUACAAUCAGAGCAUAGGCUCUCUGCUCGGUGAUGCGGCAGUGUAUUUGCUUCUAGGACCUUGA